CUGUCUCCUAGCUUGUCCCAGCUACACACGUUUUUGGAGUCUUCCUGAUAGCAACAAAGAGGUUAAAAAAAUAAAUUUAAAAAAGAAACACAGACGGACACUGGGAGAGGAUCAUGUUGACGUUGACCCUUCUGGGCCUCAGUAUAGGACUGGUGGCUAAUGCUUUCCCCACACAGCAGUCUGGAAACGGGAAGAACUGGGUGGUGAUUGUCGCUGGCUCCAAUGGCUGGCACAACUACAGACACCAGGCAGAUGCUUGCCAUGCGUACCAGAUCGUCCACAAGAAUGGCAUCCCUGACGAGCAGAUUGUUGUGAUGAUGUAUGAUGAUCUGGCAACCAAUGAGUCAAACCCCACCCCAGGGGUGGUGAUCAACCGACCCAAUGGGACAAACGUCUACAAGGGAGUCCCCAAAGACUACACUGGAAACGCUGUGACCCCUGACAACUUCCUGGCGGUGCUGAAGGGUGACUCUGCCAGUACAAAGUGGGGUUCUGGAAAGGUACUGAAGAGCGGUCCCAACGACCACGUGUUUGUGUACAUCUCUGCUCGAGGAGCGCCUGGUCUGCUGGCCUUCCCCAAUGAUGAGCUCUAUGCUAACGACCUCAUGGACGUUAUUAACUACAUGCAUAAGAACAAGAAAUACAAAAAGUUGGUGUUCUAUAUUGAUGCCUGUGGUUCAGGAUCAAUGAUGGCCAAGCUGCCUGAUGACAUCAAUGUGUAUGCCACCACAGCAACCAACUCCUAUGCCUGCUACUAUGACGAGAAGAGGAAGACCUACCUGGGGGACUGGUACAGUGUUAAUUGGAUGGAAAACUCUGAUGUGAAGGACCUGAGCAAGGAGACCCUAAUGAGUCAGUUCAAGAUCGUCCAGAGCCACGUCAUGCAAUUUGGAAACAAGACUCUGGCCAAUAUGAAGGUAAAGGCUUUUCAAGGUAAUGCCAACGCCCGGCCUGCCCCCCCCAUGACCCUGCAGCCUGUAGUGGAACCAGGUCUGAUCCCCAGCCUUGACGUCCCUAUGGCCAUCCUCAAUAGGACAUACUCAGCCACAGCCACAGCCACAGCCAAGGAGUAUGUCUACCAGCUCCACUCACACCUCAAGGGGAUUGGGCAGCUGAGACAGAACAUGCUUAAGGUGGUGCAGUGUGUGACGGGUGUUAACCGCGAGAAUCCGAAGAUUCUGAGUUGGAAGAUGGAUCUGAUGCAGCACCAGUGCUACAAGGAUGCUGUCAGUCACUACAAGACACAUUGCUUAAACUGGUUUUUCCCUGAGCAUGAGUAUUAUCUGCGGGACCUGUACGCGUUGUUCAACCUGUGUGUGUCAAGAUAUGAAACAGAUCGUAUCCGGAUGACAAUAGAGAAAGUGUGUCUAGUUGCAGAGACAAACCUCUAAUCGGGUUGCUGUGUCUGCAGACAGAGGGGUCUGAGAAGACAAGUCUUGUCUUUUCACUGACAAGGAAUAAAGUUUGAAUCUUUUUAUUUUUUAAUCACUACUCUCUUCUAAUCAUAGCUUUGAUUUCAAACUAGGUUUUUCCCCUCCGGUUUUAAUGAGACCUUUUUUUUAAAGAUGUGUUUUUUUAUGAUGAAUUUCACUAUAUCCCUGUGAGAGUUUGUUUUGUUUUUGAUGAGAAGAAUGUUUUUCUUUUUUUUUUUUUUACUGCUCUGAUUUCUAUGAACACUAAUGAGAGGAGAUCAGGAGCCAGUUUGCCCACUUGGUUGUCAGCUCUGCUCUGCUGGUAGCUCUGCUCUGCUGGUAGCUCUGCUGCAGUAGGGUGAAGUUCACCUAGUUUCUGAUCUUAAUGUCAGUUCUGCCUCCCCCCUAAUGGUUAAGUUUAAAGACUUGUAGAAGGGGAAGCAGAUCCUAGAAGGGACUUCACCCCUGAGCGAGACUGACCUGGAGGUUGAAUCCUACAGCAUCACAUGAUCUGCAAGAUAACCCAAUCUCCUGUUGUUAAAGGAUCAGGCUAUGUUGACGUUGUCACACGGAUUUUGAAAUAUAACCUGGACAGUCUAAAACAGCUGUGGACUAGUCAUUGCUCUCGCCGUCAGUACCUUCUAUAUCUAGUCAAGGUUUAGUUAAGAUAUUGCCCGAGUCAGAUAAUUGUUAUCAUAUUAGGAUUGUUUGAGUUAAACGAUACAGCUGCUGUACCUGGUUUUGCUGAGGAUAGGUACAACAGACACAAUGCUCUUUUUAAAAAGGUUAAGUUUCUGAAUGGUCGUCUAGGAGGCGGUGGAAGGAAUUGAGGAGCGGACUGCAGCAAUUGUGUAAAUAAAACCUCUGUUCAGA